AUGUCCCGAGAUGAGAUUUUGUCACUGUUGCCGCCACCGAAUUGCUGCGAAUACCUGGUUACCGAAUACUUCAUGCGACAGUGCCCCUUGUUCCACAUCCUCCACGGUCCAGCCUUCCAAGCACAAUAUAAUACAUUUAUGGAGGACCCUCAUGGGGUAGAGCUGUCGUGGCUUGCAUUGCUGUUUUCACUCUGUUCAAUGGCGCUGCACAUCCUGGAAGAAGACGACGAUGUCGUGACGGCAAUAUGGACAAGACACGGUCAGCCUCAGCCUCGAGACAGUAGCUCCCUUUCUUAUCGUCUGCGCAUGAUGGCGAUGGUCUGUCUAUGCCAGGAUGAUUUCCUCAUUCGUCAUCAGCUCCAUACGCUGGAGACCCUGCUAAUUUUGGUUUACACCAUAAAUCACUAUGAGAGUGUCGGGCGCGGCUGGACCCUUCUAGGCCUAGCUUCGAACAUUGCGAUCACUCUGCGGUGUCACGAUGCUAACGCCGAAAAAGCUGGGCUCUCCCCUACGGAGAUCGAGCGGCGUCGGCGGUGCUGGGCGGGGGUUCUGAUGCUGCAUACCAACCACGCUAUGUCCAUGGGGCAUAUAGACAUGUCCUUCCGCCUAAACAUCUCAUCUGUCAUACCUCCUCCUGUCAACAAUGCCGAUUCCAAGGAGCAUACCAUUCUGCAUUCUUCCCGCGAACCGUCCCAAAUGACCAUGAUGGGGUUCAAACUCCGCCUCUUCCAGCUCUCUAGCCGCAUCUGCCGCCAGCUCUCCGAGCACAUCGACGUUACCUCACUUAAUGUUUUUGACGACGAGGUAGCAGCCGAACAGAAGCAAUGGGACGCGGUUUUUCUGUUGGACGGGGAGCCCAGCAUCCUUGACACCUCCAGUUACGCCCAUUGGUGUAUCUUGCAACUCUACGCGCACCAGCUCUUCCUCCUACUUCACCGACCGUUCUGUCGGGGUUGCGACAACUCCUGCUUUCUGCCUAGCUCUCGCAUCAAAUGCCUGACAUCGGGGGCGGCGCUGAUCGAUAUCCACCGGAAAUUCCUGGAGUUGCCGCGACUGCGCGCCUACCGCUGGUACGCCUACGGAAUGACAGGUCUCUACGCGAUCCAUGGGGCGGUAGUGCUAGCACUGUGCCUUUUCGAGGGGAACACCGAAAAUUGGGAUACUGCGCCAUACCUUGCCAUCUUCAUUGAAACCAUUGCCCGGGUUGAGAAGCUCCGGUGCCAUAGCUCAAUUUCCGCUAAGGCGUAUCCGAUGCUGUGCCAGUUGAAAGAGAUCCUCUCUUUGAAGCCGUCACAGGAAAAUACUGUGGAGAGUCUCGAUUUCGUGAUCUCCUUCGAUGAGUGGUUGGACGCGGUGCAGUGGCUUAAUCCAGACUCGGUCAAUUGGGAUUUCUGGGACAGCAUGCCAUGCUGUAAAUUGAAUUAACCGCACAUUAUUUUUACAUUAGCUGUGUCAUUGUAGUGUUAUGAUUACUUCCAGCUUUACUCGCAUUCUGGGAGUUCCAGGCAUUGAAAGUUCAAAUGCUUAGCUUACGUGACUUUCGGCGCAGCAAUAGGGCCAGGGAGGAGAAAAGGAAGAAGAAUCUUAUCGACAGGGAGGCGAGAGACUAACGACAGCAGCCAAAGCAUGCAAGUAUUCCAAAAUCCACAGCCUCGGAGACGUCGUGUAGACCCACAUCGGAGACAUCGAAGAAUGGGUCUCAGGAGACAUCAUGAGUCUUGCCACUAAGAUGUUGCGAGUAUAAAUGGGCUGUGAAAUUUGCGCGUCAGGCUAUCUUGUUAAAUAGUCGAAUGGAUCAGAAUGAAUCAGAACGUGGAUUAUAUCAGUGCUGUGAUCUUCACGGUGGC